AUGGAGCCAAACUGUGUGUCAAUCAAUGUAGGACCAGUGGAGGAGGGAAAAGGCAUGUGUGAACUCAACAAUGCCACGGACGACAGCCCUUCGCAGUCGGCUUUGAAGAACGUGGCACAAUACAUUCAUUAUGCCGUUGAGGUACGCUGUAUGUCUUUGCCUGUAUCUUCAAGAAGAGCGUUGGCGUCCGCUGUUUUUUUUACUAAAUAUAUAAAAAAAACACCCCCCCCCCCCCCCCCCAAAAAAAAAAAAUCUAUAUAAUCACUUAGAGUGAGGGGGACUGGGCGAUUAUUCACUUGCGACUUGCAUGAAAGUUGCAUGUGUAAAAGUUAAAAGUGUACAACAGUCACAUCUCCUAUUAUGUUCAAACUUAAUAUUUCCAGAACUUAUGUCAGCUUCAUGGAAAUCCUUGUCCAGGGAAAGGUGCAAUGUGUCAGGUCGGAUUUACAAACAAGGGAUAUCGGUGUGUCUGCCGGGACGGAUAC